GCAGGCCAGGUUGCACCAAUCCCGUCGGUCGAUCCGCCGACCACGUGCAUCCCAGCACGAGAGAGAGAGAGAGAGACGCGCACGUGCCUCGUCUACACCGAACGACUCUCGGAACGUCUCACGGACUGUCGUUUCCGCGAUGAUUACGAGGUGAAAUCGAGUGAAACAUCAGCGAGUGUUGUCGAGCGACGUUUCGGGCGUGUUUUCAACCCGCUCGGACGUCGCAAAUUAAUUCGCACGAGAGAUUCCGAUCUCUCUUUCGCGCAUUACACCGUGACGCCGGCGGACGAAUUUAAUUCCUUUCUCACGCCUGAGACGAGACGCGACGAUUAAACGAUGAGGAGGAGAGGUGGGCCGCCGUCAUUCAUCCCGGCCGGGGCGUUCCACUUUCGGUGCCGGCGCGUGAAAUCGACGGGACGAGGCGAAAAUGAAUUCGAGACGGUCGUGCGUGGCAGCACGUGAGGAGGCCCGCAAAAGUGCGCGGUAACCGAGAGGGUCCUUUAAAUUGUCGCGCUCCGACGAGUCGCGCGGCGAAAAAAGGGAGAACCGGUCGCCUGAAAAACCGCCUCGUCGAUCGGCCGGAACGGCACGGAAUAAUUGAAUUAUCGAAAGUCCGGAGAGGCACGGAGAGAGCAGUCUCCGUUGGACGACCAUACAUGGUCGUCCUCUGCCUACGAGAAGGCUUCGAGCGGGAGCGUCGUCGUCGCGUGGGAGGUCGCGCUUUUUACUUCUCCGACGGCAGCGGUAGAGCGAUUUCGCGGACGGACGGUGUGCGCCAGUGUAGCCAGCUCGGAUAAUUGCAACUGGUUCAUUAGCGGCGAGUAAACGAGAUUCACCGGCAGUGAAUUCAUGUGCGACGAGAGAGACAAAGAAGACGAAAUGGGAACGCGACCCGCGAGCACCGGCUGGGAAAGCGCGUGGAGAAUCGGAGUGAAGUGUAGAGUCGCGCCUGUCAACGUCUGACAUGCGGCGAAGCGGGGAAGCCUCGCGCAUAGUAGUGCGUUGACGGACGAGGUGCGGGGAAAAGGAGAAAAAGGGGACAGUAAAAAGCGCGGAGAGGAGAGAACAAGCAUGCCGGGGACCAGGAGAUUAUGCAGAGUGGGACUGGCCGCGCUCUUGGUCACCGCGCUUUGCGUCCUCACUCUGCUGGACUCGCCGCCGCGACUCCCGGAUCCUCCGACCGAUCUUCCUCCCACGCCUGGUGGCGAGCCGCCGGGCACAAGGAGCAUCGUCGCUUAUUCGUGGGCACGAAGAUUGGCACUCGAUUACAGGCCCACCAAGCAGUGCGACGGUAAUGGAACGCGCGAAAUGGCGUUAAACGCGCACAAGCCGCCCGGCACGAAGUGGCUCGAGACAAUCCCGGGACAGCUCUUCCUAUACAGCGCCCACUUGGACCUCAGAGUCGCCGGUUACCCGAGCAUCAGAGUGAUUGGCGUUAAACGAGGAACCCUGCCGCCCUCUGCGCUCUUCUGCACUAUAUGGUACCGGGAGCGAUCCGUGAGCGUGGAGGCGCUCGUCUCGACGAUCUGGUUGGACGAAUGGGGCGGCACGGCGGACAGUUACACCGGAGCGCUCGUCAACUGCCAGCUGCCUCUGGACGGCUCGAUACGCUCGCAGCCCUCACGGGUUUACGUAGGUCCGACCGCCUGCUACGCGAAUGCUAGUCAUAGUUUAACAACCCGCUCCGAAUUCGGCGAGGAGCAGCCGUCCGGCCGGAAGAGGCGGUUCACCCUGUGCAUCAAGGGCCUGGACUUCGACGAGGACAUAUCGCGUAGGCUAAUCGCCUUCGUCGAGCUGCACCGUAUUCUGGGCGCCAAGCUGUUCCACUUCUACGUGUUCAACGUGCACGAAAACGUGCUGAAGGUGCUGCGUUUGUACGAGCGGUCGAACGUGGUGCGAUGGUACGCCCUUGAUCUACCGGGCGACCUGCCGAACGAGAAGACCGCCAGGAGACGAUUCUUCCGCGAGGAUAUCUGGACGAAGAGACGGAUGGAACUGAUACCCUAUAACCAUUGUUUCUACGAGAACCUCCACCGAUCGGAGUUCGUAGUGCCGAUCGACAUCGACGAGGCAAUCGUACCGACGCGGAGGAAAACCUGGCACGAGCUGCUGCUCGACGAACGCGCCAAGCUCGGCAGGAGCUUCAAGGACUUCGCCUCGUACUCCGUGCGCAAUGCUUACUUCUUCCCCGAGCUGCAGAACAAGACCGAUCAGCUCGAGCGGUCCUCAGGUCGUUCGGCCGACCCGGAUUACCUGGACACCAUGCGAACGGCCAGUAUCUCGCCCGAGGGCGACUCGGUGAAGAGCUUCGUCUCCACGAGGCGCGCGCUAACGGUGCACAAUCAUUAUGCCCUGACCACGUUGAACCCGUCCACUAGACGGGCUCAUCAUCUGGACUCGAACGACGUACUCAAGCACCACCACCGGGCGUGCGACAGCAGACAUCUCGACUGCGAUCUCCUGAUGGAGGAUGUCAGGAUCGACGAGUCCGCUUUGCGCUAUGCGGACGAGCUCAAGACGAGAAUGAAGAUCGCCCUGGCCGAUCUCGACGCCUUGCCAUAGAUUACAGUGAUGUUGUAAAUAAUAAUAAAAUCAUG